ACGGACACACGGACGGAGACGCCGACGUUCUCACGGUGUAUGUGUGGCAACAACAUGUCUGUGCCGCUGCUCGCCGAGGCCGUGACGGUGUCCGGGAACGAGAAGGAGACCGCGGCGGUGAUUUUUCUCCAUGGAUUGGGAGACUCGGGGUAAGUCGGCGGCACAGUGUCAGUUUCUGCUCCAAAUCAACCAAAUUCCCCUCAGUGUGUUUAAACCGGGACAAGUUUAAAAGGAAGCCCGCAUCGGGACGACGACGGAGGACAUCUUUCCUCUGGUGACAUCCGACGAGCUUUGCUUGAGCCAAAAGGCGCCUUUUGUCUUCAUUUCUGAUAUCACGCGCAUGCUGAGGAUUCAUAAAUCUGUCGAUAUGUUGACGGUGUGAGUCCCAACAGCUGCGGCGUCAGGAGAAAUUGAUUCCUGUUUCCCAACAUCACGACACUCGUGUCCGCAGUACGGCCCUCCGAUGCGACGAGCGUGCGCUGGAAAUAUUUGACCAAAAAUGAAACCAGUAGUACGGUCACGAUCGCAAAUACAAUAACAGCACAAGUGAAACAGAAAGCGUUUUUGAGUCUGGCUACGAUGUCCCGUCUUAAAAUACGCUACGUUAUGAAACGCAAGAUGGGACUGGGUCGCUAGAAAGAAAAACAUGUCCACAAAUGACACAACCAACUUUCAGCGUAAUUGCACGGGUGGGCCGACACCUUGACGGGGAUCCGACUGCCUCACGUCAAGUUCAUCUGCCCCCACGCGCCCAGGAUCCCCGUCACCCUCAACAUGAGCGUCAUGAUGCCCGCCUGGUUCGACCUCAUGGGCCUCAGCCCCGAAACCCCCGAGGACGAAUCCGGGAUCAAAAAGGCGGCCGACAACAUCAAGGCCAUCAUCGAGCAUGAGGCCAAAAACGGCAUCCCGCCCAACCGCAUCAUGCUGGGCGGCUUCUCUCAGGGCGGGGCCUUGUCCUUGUACACCGCCUUGACCUGUCAGCACCAGCUAGCCGGCGUGGUGGCCCUCAGCUGCUGGCUGCCGCUUCACAAGAGUUUCCCCUUGGCGUCGAGCGGCAACAAGAACCUGCCCAUCCUGCAGUGCCACGGCGAGAAGGACGAAAUGAUCCCCGUGCAGUUCGGCGCCAUGACGGCGGAGAAGCUCAAAUACAUCGUCAACCCGCAGAUGAUCACUUUCAAAACCUACCCAGGGGUCCCUCACUCAUCCUGCACUCAGGAGAUGCUGUUAGUGAAGGAGUUCAUCGAGAAGCACUUGCCUCGGAUCUGACCUGACCUCGUCCCGACUGUGACUCCCCCUCGCCCCCCACUCGUGACACUGACCGCUUCGCCCCAAAACCUCGAUUCGUCGUUCCCCAAACAGGAAACAGCCAUGAGUGCCCAUCCUUCCUUCCUUCCAUCCAUCCAUCCAUCCAUCCAUCCUUCCACAAGCACGCACGCACGCAAAUUUGAUUUCUUAAAAACCUAACAAAAUGCUCAUCCUUUAAUUGGUAGCCUCUGGAGGGAGAAAGUCGGCCCCACACGGAGCAUACCUGUUGGUUAUCUUUGUCAUUUUAAUCAACUUCAUGUGUCCUGUUGCAACACUUUCCCCUUUUUGUGUUGCUGUCCAUUUGUCCCUCACCGAUUCACCUCAUUCGCCCCCAUUCCAAGCAUUUUUUAUUUAUUUUUUAUUUUUUUGGGAAGGUUAGGGGUUUUCGUUUGUACCUCCGAAACACAAGAAAAGUAGAAAAUGCUUAUUAUUGCUCAUGAACUAGAUCUCCCUCCUUUGGCAGCUUGCAGUCUAACCCAUUGGUCAAACUCAAAAGGUUUGACUUGCGCAAAACCUUCCAAAAAUGGCAAUACACUGGGAGGGCUCUGGUAAGAAACCUAACUGAAGAGUGAUUUCACAAAUUAAAGAAAAGGAAGUGAACCUUGAACAACAAAGCGUUGCUCCGAGGAGUCACGUGCGUAAAAUGAAUCUCCGUCUGUCAGGUGUUCUGUGUUUUUGUUUUGUUUUUCCCUCGUUUCUGUGAAUGUUGUUUUUGCUCAUGUUCUUUUGUUGGCACUCGUUUGGAAAAGGAGGAAAGACAUCCGCUUUGAUUGUUCUUGACAAAUCAAUGAAUGUCUCACUAGCGUCACAUGUUAACGGUUGCUUUUUGUCCUCUGCGGCUGCUGCUUCACUUCUGUUUAUUUCUUUUUAAUUAUUCCAAUGUGUGACAAUGUCGCACAUCGUCAUGUGGUUUCUCCUGGGUUUAAGUUUUUACAUAUGUUUGUGUGUGUGUGUGUGUUUUGCCACUGUUGUCAUCUCAUCCUUUUGAUUGUGUUCUGUUUAUAAUGAUGACCUUUCAGUAAUGUGAGACUGUCGGUCUCUGUUUGUUUCCUAAGCACCUGUAUGCCGAAUAAAUGAUGUGAAAAACAGGA